AUUGUGGAACUUGUAGGAGUAAAGCACGAAACUACAAUUCACAGAGUACUCCGCUAACCAGCUUUAUGUACUGUUCAUGGCGUCCAGCCGAGGGCUAAGGACAAGUCGCCUUCUGACGAACGGAUAGGCCGAUUAAUUUAACGGUGUUGUGUUUACGGUCACUGGGUGGCACCAUGGAGGUGGCGAGCGUCACUUCGGAGGAGAAGACGCGCUUGACCCAGCUGAGGUUCGACGCCGCCGUCAAAGUCAUCAAGAGUUUACCCCCGGACGGACCCUUUCAGCCAUCUAAUGACAUGAUGCUGAAGUUCUACAGCUAUUAUAAACAAGCCACAGUAGGGCCCUGCAACAUACCCCGUCCGGGCUUUUGGGACGCAGUCGGCAAAGCUAAAUGGGAUGCAUGGAACUCGCUUGCAGAUAUGCCAAAAGAAGAAGCAAUGACGGCCUAUGUCGAUGAGAUGAAACUGAUCAUUGAAGGCAUGCCCAUGACCGACGAGGUGGAGGAGCUCUUGAGGGUCCUCGGCCCGUUCUACGAGAUGGUUGAUGAGAAGAAAAAGAUCUCGCAGAUAUCGGACCUGAGCUCAGGGUUUGGCACCAUGAUGAAUACAGUGGUAUCGAGUAAUGUUGCAAAGAGCAUCGUAAGAGACAUGGAAAUGAACGGUACUUUGGAGACUCGGCCCACCAGACUCAAGCUAAAGCAAAAAGCUGAGCAGGAGGAUGAGGAUGACCUGGAUGAGGAAGACCUGGAUGAGGAUGAAGAGGAGGAUGAUGAGGAGGAGGAAGACGAAGAAGAAGAAGAAGAAGAAGAAGAAGAGGUGAAAAUAGAGCUCAGAAAAGACAAUAAAUCUGCGGUGUCACAACCAACGAAGAAGAGUUUAACCAAGAGGCACAAAGGGCCCAUUUCUAAUGGCAAACUGUUGAACGGGGUCACCCAUCUGACCAAUGGGAGUCAUUCCAGAGCUGCCCUGAACAGCGACGACACGGAGGAAGAACCAACCGGCGAGCCUCUGCUCAACGGACACCACGCAGAUCCAAGAGCCAAUCACUUGGCCAGUGACUCAGACAGCGAGGUCUACUGUGAUUCUAGCUCCGAGCACAACCGCUCCCUGGAUGACCUGGACGAGGAGGAGAGCCCCGCGCUGCCGCCUGUGGGGGGGCAGCAGGAGGAUGCUCGGGAUCCGCCGCGGGGCACUCGGCGUGGAGGAGAAGAUGGAGAGCCAGGUGGCGUCGGGUCACUGAGGCCGAGGCCAGAUGCAGACAUUUCUGGGGGAUCCUUAGUCCAAAGAGGACAGGCCACUCCCCGGGGGAGCCUGAAAGAGCAGAUCGUGGUGGCGCUGGCCCGUCUGCAGGAGGACAUGCAGAGUGUUCUGGAGAGGCUGCACACCCUGGAGGCUCAGGUGAGAUCAGUGACUUUUCCUCCUACACAUGUGCAGCCUCCAGCCAAAAAGAAGAGACAGAAACCAUCCUGGUGGCCUUUUGACAUUUCUCCGGCCAGUUUGGCCUUUGCCGUUGUAUGGCCAUUCAUCGUCCAGUGGCUCAUCCGUCUUUACAUGCAGAGAAGGAGAAGGUAG